ACCCGGCCCAAUCUUCCCAGGGCCUUUAAAAUGAUAAAGAGGAACACAACCUAGGGUUUUUCUAGUCUUCUGCAUAUCAGCAGCAGCCGCCUCGUUCUUUUUCAUUUCCGGCGCUCCUUUCUCGCAAUUCAGCCAAGAUGACCAAGAGGACAAAGAAGGCUGGUAUUGUUGGCAAGUAUGGUACACGUUAUGGUGCCAGUCUGCGAAAGCAGAUCAAAAAGAUGGAAGUAUCUCAACAUAGCAGAUACUUCUGUGAAUUUUGUGGAAAGUAUGCAGUGAAGAGAAAGGCAGUUGGAAUAUGGGGUUGCAAGGACUGUGGCAAAGUCAAAGCGGGUGGUGCAUACACUCUAAACACUGCUGCUGCUGUUACAGUUCGGAGCACAAUUAGAAGGCUGAGGGAGCAAACUGAGAGUUGAAGAUAGUUGUGCUAGCAUAACGUCUCUGUUGAUGCCUUUCUAUCAAGUCUUUUAUGCAGACAUGGUUAUUUUCAUUAGCAAAUUUGUUUGCAGAUCCAGUUAUUUAGAUGAUUGAGUGAUAAUAUUAAUUUUGAAAUCAAGACAAUGUUUUCUUUUUUGCUAAAAAAUGGUAUCUUCAACCAAUAUUGUUUUGUGUU